AUGUCAUCAGAUAAUUUUUUUAUAAAGAAUAGAACUGCCAUUAUUGUGACUGCAUUGACUGCAUUCUCUGCAGCUGGUGCUUAUUAUUAUUAUACUCAACAACAACAACAACAACAGCAAGGAUCAACUGGUGGUUCGAAUUCAUCAAAGAAAUCAUCUAGUGACGAUAGUAAUACUACCACCACCACUACUUCUUCUUCUUCUUCCAAAAAGAAGAAUAAGAAAUCCAAAAAAUCAAAAGGAAGUUCUACACCUGAACCAUCUACAAAUACUAAUUCUGAAAACAAAUCUUCUUCAUCUAAUAAAAUCAAAUAUCCAACUAAUUCUGAAGGAUUACCAGAAUUAACAUCAGAAAUCAUUUCUGGUUUAACUGAAAUUGAAAAAGAAGAAUGGGCUAUGCAAUUAAAAGAAGAUGGUAAUCAUGAAUUUAAAAAUAAAAAUUUCAAAAAAGCCAUUGAAUUUUAUGGUGCUGCUUUACAAUUGAAAAAAGAUCCAAUAUAUUAUUCUAAUAGAUCAGCUUGUUAUGCUGCUUUAGAUGAUCAUGAAAAUGUUAUUAAAGAUACUACUGAAGCAAUAAAUUUAAAACCUGAUUAUACUAAAUGUAUUUUAAGAAGAGCUACUUCAUAUGAAGUAUUAGAAAAAUAUGAAGAUGCCAUGUUUGAUUUAACUGCUUUAACUAUUUAUGGAGGAUUUUCUAAUAAAUCAAUUGAACAAGUUUUAGAAAGAGUUUUAAGAAAACAUUCAAUUAAAAUUGUUGAACUGAAACCUAAAAAAUUGAUUUUACCAUCAGCUGCUACUAUUGGAUCUUUUUUUGGAGCAUUUGUUGAAGAAACUGAACCAGAAGGAAUUAAUGAAUCAAAUGAUAAUGAAGGAAUUAAAUUUUUGGGUCAAGCUUUACAAAAAAUUAAGGCUAAUACUCAAAAUGGUUAUGAAGAAGCUGAUGAAUUGAUUAUUAAAGCCGUUAAUGAAUUAGAAAAACAAUCAAAUGCUGAUUUAAAACCUGUUUUAGCUAUUGGUUUAGAAUAUUUAGCAGCAUUCCAAUUUUUGAAAAAUGAUCCAGUUAGUGCUGCCGAAUCAAUUGAAAAAGCCAUUUCAUUAAAACCAAGACCAAGAGCUUAUGUAUUCCGAGCAUUAAUUAAUGCUGAUAAAUCAUCUUAUGAAGCUGCAUUAAAAGAUUUUAAAACUGCUGAAGAAUUAGAUCCAAAAUGUCCUGAUAUUUUUUAUCAUUUAGGUCAAUUAUUUUAUUUAACUGGAGAUUUAACUAAUGCUGAAACUAAUUUUAAUAAAGCUAAAGAUUUACAUCCUGAUAAUGUUUAUGCUUAUAUUCAAUUAGCUUGUAUUACUUAUAAAAAUGGACAAAUUGAAUUAGCUAAUGAAAAAUUCACUGAAGCUAAAUUAAAAUUCCCAACAUCACCUGAAGUUCCUAAUUAUUAUGGAGAAAUUUUAGCUGAUAAAGGUGAUAUUCAAGGAGCUUGUAAACAAUUUGAAAUUGCUAGUAGAUUACAAGAAAAACUUGAUAGAUUUUCUGUUGGAGCUUUACCAUUAAUUAAUCAAGCUACUGUUAUAUCUAGAGAAUCUUUAGAAAAAAUUGAUGAAGCUGAAGAAUUAUUAACUAAAGCUUGUGCUUUAGAUCCAAAAAGUGAAUUAGCAAGAAUUUCUUUAGCACAAAUUAAAUUACAAAAAGAUGAAGUUGAUGAUGCUAUUAUAUUAUUUGAAGAAAGUAGUGAUUUAGCAAGAUCAAUUGAAGAAAAAAUUCAAGCUACUUCAUUUGCUGAAGCUACUAAAAUGCAAAAAAGAAUUAAAAAUGAUCCAAUUUUAAAUAAUAAAAUUGCUGAAUUAAUGAGACAAAGUGGUGCCAUGUGA